AUGUGUGCCGAAUUGAGUUAUUUAGAUCCAACUCUUGUUAAGGCAGAUGAAAUCUAUGCUGUAAUGAAAGCUUUGGAUAGAACUGUAAUUUCAUGGAAUUGUUAUUGGGAAUUUCUAUUGUUGGGUCAUGUUUCAUUGAUUUUUUUGAAUACGACAAAGGCAGUUGGAGCAGUUUCGACUAGAAAGUACAAGAUUAUGAGAUAUUUGAUUAUUGGAUUUUUAAUUGUCUUGUUUAUUAUAAUUUGUGUCUUGACUGUAAUCUUGUUUGUGGCAGGAGGAUUAAUUGCUGGAUAUGGAAAUACUCCAGUGAUGAAUAAUUUGAUAUUGGCUGUUUUCUUGAUUAGUGCCUUGACAUUCUUUGUAUUGUCCAUCUGUAUUUUAUGUCUUCUCCAUAUGACUGGAAGUAUACUCUUGAAAUCUCUCCAUCAAGGUCAUGCAAGAGCCAAAGCUCUUCAAAAUAAUGCUCAGCUCACCAAUCCUUCAAUCAAUCAAAAUAAUAAUUCAGAAAUCACUCAACAAACACAACAAGAAAAAUCAGAAAAAAUUGAAACGCCUUACAUUGAAAGUAAGGAACAAGAAAAUUCCGUAAAUAUUAAGAAACAAGUAUUGAAAAAAGCAUGGGCUAUAUUGAUUGUUGCAACAGUGUGUUUGGUCAUUCAGUUUAUUGGAUUCUUUUUCAUUCCACUGUCAAUGAUUGAUAAGAAUUUAAUGUUGGUUUAUUUUGUGACUUAUGACGUGACUAUUGUUGUGAUUGUUAGUUUGUUUAUUGGAAUUCAUAGACCAUUGAAGGAGGUUCAACGAGUAUUUAGAAGAAAUAGCAUAUCUUCUAAUGGAACCUCGUCAACUAAACGAAAACAAACCAACAAAAUUGGAGCUAAAGUGGACGAAUCUCAAGAAUUGCAUACUGCCCCAAGUAAUAUUCAAGAGAAUACUGUCUAA